UUUUGAAUGUGAGUUUGUAGAAUAUACAAUGUACUCACAAUUAAUCUCUUGUUUUCUUCUUGGCAGAUCCAUUACAGGAUUUUGGCUUCUCUAUGGACCAGUGUUCCAAACAAUUAAAAUCAAAUCUCAACAUUAGAUUUGGAAUUAUUCUGAGAGAGGACAUCAAAGAGCUGUUUCUCGACAUAGCUCUCACCGCUAAAGGAUCGUCUAUUUUGAAUUCCUCCUACCCCAUCUGUGAGGAGGACCAGCCCAAGUUUUCUUUCUGUGGAAGAAGGAAAGGAGAGCAGAUCUACUUUGCCGGCCCUGUCAAUAACCCUGGCAUAGAUAUUCCCAAGGGAGAAUACCAGGUUUUGCUAGAACUGUAUACCGGAAGUCAUGCCACCGUGGCCUGCGCCAAUGCCACCAUCAUUUCCUUCUGACUGUGGCCUGCACAAAAUCACAGCAAGCUCCUCGCAAGAGAACUCUCAGACCGAACCUACCGCGUGAGAAGAACCUGCUGACGAGUUACAGAGCCCUGCAAAGCAGUACCCCGAUGAGCGCAGCUGCUAAUCUGAGCCCCAGGACAGACGUCUCCAGACUGCACAGAUGUAAGGAAGUCCCCAAAUUAUCU